AUGAAAGAAGAUACCCUUAGGCGGAGAAAUAUCAAUGGCUCGCAACCCGAGACAAUUGGAAAUGGCCAUACAAAGCCAUCAAACUCAAUCCCGAAGUCCAAAAAGCCUCGCUCUCUUCUCCAUCGCUGCAGGCAUUUCGCGGGGAAGCACACGUGGACAAUACCACUAGUCCUCGUGCUGGCCUUCCUCUCACUGUACGCGCUCAACCCGACCGAGUCAAACCCAGUCUCUCAUUUCAUAUUCCUCUCUUACAAAGAGGAAUCCCCGAAUGGCAACCCCAAUGCUUCCACGCAGUAUGGCAAAGGUCUGUGGGACAUAGCAUUCGUGUCAUUCUACGUGAUCGUGCUAUCCUUCACGCGCGAAUUCAUCAUGCAAGAAAUUAUUCGCCCUCUAGCAGUCUCCCACAUCAAGUCGCGGACAAAGCAGGCCCGCUUCAUGGAGCAGAUGUACACCGCGAUGUACUUUGGAGUCCUCGGUCCCGCGGGGUUGUAUGUCAUGCGCCAGACGCCGGUGUGGUACUUCAACACGCGUGGCAUGUACGAACUCUUCCCGCAUCGGACACAUGCCGCUGAGUUCAAGUUUUACUAUUUGUUCGAGGCGGCUUAUUGGGCGCAGCAGGCUAUCGUUAUGCUGCUGGGAAUGGAGAAGCCGCGGAAGGACUUCAUGGAGCUCGUUAUGCAUCAUGUUGUGACAUUAGCGCUUAUUGCGCUCAGCUAUCGCUUUCACUUUACGUAUAUGGGCAUUGCUGUUUAUAUUACGCAUGAUAUCAGUGAUUUCUUCCUUGCCGUUUCAAAAUCGCUCCAUUACAUAGCCCCAGACAUAAUGAUCCCCUUCUACGCAACCUCGAUCGGCGCCUGGAUAUAUCUACGCCACGUACUGAACCUUCGGAUCCUUUAUUCCCUUCUAACCGAGUUCCGGACCGUCGGGCCCUACGAGCUCAACUGGGAGACUCAACAGUAUAAGUGCUGGAUCUCGAACAUCAUCACCUUCGGACUGCUGGCUCUCCUUCAGGCCCUCAAUUUGUUCUGGUUGUACUGUCUGCUGCGCAGUGCUUUCAAAUUCCUCGCGACAGGGGAGAAGAAGGACGAUCGCUCUGAGCCGGGUGAAUCUGAAAUCGAGCAAGAUGAAUUCAAGCUUGUUGAUAGAGUUAAUGGCCAUGCUUCGUUGAAUGGCAGUUCAUCACCCAAUGACAAGCCCCAGCAUGCCCCUGGUGGUCUUGGUGCCUCUGUUAAGGCUAAUGGGGCUUUCUGA